ACAGGUACUGUUUCACUCUCACCGAGCUCCUACCACGCCCCGCACGGGAGACAAGUACUUAAGUUCAGUGCCUCUCAUCCGGGGCCGCAGUGAGACCUGUGCAUCGCGAGCAUCAUGUCUUUCCUCAAGGUUGUCGCCGUCCUCUCCCUCAUGGCAGCUGUCUCUGCCCGCCCAGACUCCGCUCCAAGUUACGGGUACACUCCUCCUCCUCCUCCACCAGCGAAACCUGAGUACUCCUUCGACUGGGCGGUGAAGGACGACUACGCCGCCCUUGACUUCGGCCAGCACGAGACCCGCGAUGGCUACAACACCGAUGGCAGCUACUACGUGUUGCUGCCCGACGGCCGCGUGCAGAAGGUCACCUACACUGUCCACGGGGACGGCGGCUACGUGGCCACCGUGGAGUAUGAGGGCGAAGUUAAGCACGACGCCUACGGCAAGCCACCGGCUCCCGUCUACACGCAGCCCCCUACCUACGGACCCCCGCCCACUCCAGCCUACGGCAACGCCUAACCUGUGCCCCGAAUUCCUUAAACAAUGUCACUCCUUUCUGAAAUCUCCAUCGUAAGCUAUUUUCUCCAGAUACUUCAUUCUUUUAGUAAAUUAUAACUAUUCUAUUUUCGUGAAUAAAAGCAGAUGGAAAAA